AUGGAACUAUUUAACGAGGAAGACGAUGAAUUGUCGCACGAGAGUCUUCUUGAAAACACGGCCAUCUAUAAGUUUUGUCCUUUGGCCGUGGUUAAGGCGGUUACCGUGGCCGGUAUCCUGUUCGCCCUAUUGGCUGGUUGCCUGGGCGUCUCCUCCUAUCUCCUGGUUGAAUGGGUGAAGAUGCGACCCGACUCGAUGGCUGUAGGCAACGAGAGCAAUCGUAUCUACGACUACGACCGCGUGGUGGGCCCUCGGUUGAUUUGCAUGCAGGGCGAAAGACUAAAAGGUGGGUCGAUAGAUUGA